AUGGCGGACCAGAAGUACUUUACGCUGAACACCGGUGCCAAGAUCCCUGCCGUUGGCAUGGGCUGCUGGAUGGGCUCGCCCGGCAAGUUUGAUCUGGAGAACGGACUGAACGUCUCGUUCGACGCGGGCUACCGUCACUUUGACACUGCCGCGCUCUACGCCAACGAAGAGCUCGUGGGCAAGGCGAUCCGCGACAGCGGCGUGCCCCGUGACCAGAUCUUUGUCACGACCAAGCUCUGGAACGCCGACCACAGCAAUGUCGAGAAGGCGUUCGACGAGAGCCUCUCGCGCCUGAACGUGGGCUACAUCGACCUGUACCUCAUGCACUGGCCGCAGUCGAGUGGCGACAACGUCUCGUUCGUCGACACCUGGAAGGACAUGGAGAAGCUGCUCGAGACGCGCAAGGAUAAGGUGCGCGCGAUUGGCGUGUCCAACUUCAGCGUCAAGACGCUCAGCGAGCUCCUGGCCCACGCCAAGGUCGUCCCGGCGAACAACCAGAUCGAGACGCAUCCCUACAACCAGGACUGGGACGUGCUCGAACUCUGCCAGAAGCACAACAUCUUUGUCACGGCCUACACGCCGCUUGGCCAGGCCGACUCGCCGAUCCUUAAGGACAAGGAUGUGCUGGCGAUCGCCGAGGAGAUCGGCGGUGACGUUACCCCGGCGCAGGUCGUCCUCUCCUGGAACGUGCAGCGCGGCGUGGGUGUUCUGCCGAAGAGCACGAACCCGGGCCGUGCGCGCAAGAACAUUCAGCUCGUUACACUCACCGACGCCCAGAUGCAGCGCAUCCACGACAUCACCAAGGACCCCUCGCGCCAGGGCCGCCUCAACUAUGUCACCUACGACAAGCAGAGCGGCACGGUGCUGGGCUGGACCAAGGAGCAGAUGGGCUGGGAAAACACCAAGUACUAUGGCGAGUAA